CAAGGUUCGAGAAACAUUUCAAGUUGUGACUUCCGAAGCCGCCUAAGUAAAGUUAAAAAAAUUCAAAAUAUGAUUUUACAUCAGCAUUUCGUGAAGUUUUCGGCAAUAUUCAUCUGCUUAUUACUAAAAGAAAGUCUUGGCGUAGAAACUCAAAAUGCCUGCAACAACAAAAACAGUUGCCAUGAGUGCAUACAAAUGCCGAAUUGCGCCUGGUGCGAGCAACCAAAUUAUACGCAAGAUCGUUGUUUUGAUUAUUUGUUGGAAUCAAAUUGCCCAAACGAAUCGGUUUUUUAUCCUCAAGAAAGUUCUAAGUUUAUAAGUAAUCGACCUUUAACAAGUGGUAAGAGCAUUCAAACUGCGAAAAGUGUAAACAGUGUAAAAUAUGAUAGUCAAGAAAUCGUGCAACUGAAACCACAACAUAUGAGUUUGCAGCUGCGCGCAAAUCAAAUCCACACAAUGCCAUUGACAUACUCACGUGCUCUUGAUUACCCUGUUGAUCUCUACUAUCUGAUGGACUUAUCAUAUUCUAUGGGUGAUGACAAGGACAAAUUAUCCGCUUUGGGUGAUAGUUUAGCUGAGGCAAUGGUUAAUAUCACCAGCAACUUUCGCUUGGGAUUCGGUUCGUUUAUCGACAAAGUUCGAAUGCCUUUUACUAAAGUAUCUAGCGCGCUAGAUAAAUCAAAAAAAUCCGUUACCUAUAGUUAUCACAAUGUUAUGCCGUUGAGUAAGGAUACUAAUGAGUUCGCGUAUAAGGUAAAAAAAGCUGCCACUUAUGGCAACAAUGAUGAUCCUGAGGGUGGACUGGAUGCCAUAAUGCAAGCGGUUAUAUGCCGCAAGGAAAUAGGAUGGCGUGAAAAGGCGCGGCGUUUGCUAGUUUUCUCGACGGAUGCUUCUUUUCAUAGCGCCGGUGACGGUAAG